UUUGACUUGAGUGUUCUAGGACACUGCAAACAUUUUGUGAUAAUGCCUGAAAUAAAUACCAACCAUCUUGAUGAGCAACAGGUUCAGCUCCUGGCAGAAAUGUGUAUUCUUAUUGAUGAAAAUGACAAGAAAAUUGGGGCUGACACUAAGAAGAAUUGUCAUCUGAAUGAAAAUAUUGAGAAAGGACUUUUGCUGAGCAUCAGUGUCUUCUUAUUUAACUCUGAAAAUAAGCUUCUGCUACAGCAAAGAUCAGAUGCUAAAAUUACUUUUCCAGGUUGUUUUACCAAUAGUUGUUGUAGUCAUCCAUUAAGUAAUCCAGGCGAACUUGAAGAAAAUGAUGCCAUUGGUGUGAGACGAGCAGCCCAGAGGUGUCUAAAAGCUGAAUUAGGAAUUCCCUUAGAAGAGGUUCAUCCAGAAGAAAUUAAUUAUCUAACUCGAAUUCACUACAAAGCACAAUCUGAUGGUAUCUGGGGUGAACAUGAAAUGGAUUACAUCCUGUUCUUGAGGAAGAAUGUAACUUUGAAUCCAGAUCCCAAUGACAUUAAAAGUUACUGUUAUGUUUCAAAGGAAGAACAAGAACAACUUAUGAAGAAAGCAGCCAGUGGUGAAAUUAAGAUAACGCCAUGGUUUAAAAUUAUUGUAGAGACUUUCCUCUUUAAAUGGUGGGAUAACUUAAAUCACUUGAACCAGUUUGUUGACCAUGAGAAAAUAUAUAGAAUGUGAAUGUGUAGCUAAAUGAUGAUGGAAGAUUUUCCUUACCCAGUAAACUUUGGGGGUUUCUGUUGUUAAUUUAAGUUGGGUUUCCUUUUUGGAGAACUCAUGGAUACUUUAUAACCAAAAUUUGAAUGGCAAACAUCUACUGACUGACUUAAUUUUUUAUAACGUACACCAAAAUAUAUGCACUAAUAUUUGCAAAAGACGUUUUUGAGAGAUUAUUGUAAAAAGAUAGCAAAACUUAAUUUAACCUGUCCAAAUACAUUGAAGAGGUUAGUGCUCUUCAUUUUUUAUGCUUAAAAAAUACAUUUCAAAACUCAUGUUUGCCAGGUGUUUAUAUACCAUUAAAUUUUAUUAUAUCCCAGAAAAAUGGGCAGAGGAACCUAGUUUGCUACUUAUAUUCUAAACAGAUCAAACAGUCAAAGAAGGACUGGGGAGGUAGCUCAGUGGUAGCUUGAUUGCCAAGCAACAGGA